AACAAACAAAGAAAACCUGAAUGGAUGAUCAGGAGGCUGAGGGCAGUGGCCUCAAUAAAAAGACAUAGUUUCCUGGUCCAGUUUCUCGACCUGAACCAACGUUCAGAGCCACUGUAAACUGAAACGGGACUGGGUCCCCAGGAGGAGAGAUUUGUAACAUCAUGGCAAGUAUACAUAGUAAUGAUUUUUUCAGUCCUUCUCCAAAGGGUCCUAUAUCCAUUUACUUGAGUAAUUGUGCACUGAAGAAAGAAGAAUACUCAAACAAGUCAAGGACUUUUAGUCACAGUGUCUGUGUUAAUAUUGAUACUCAGAUACCCAAUUGGCUUCCUGGCUUUCCUAUCUGGUAUGAUUGCCCCUUCUCCUAAGAGCAGUGAAGAGGAAGAGCAAGAGGAUGAAGAAGUUCUUCAGGGAGAACAAGGAGAUUUUAAUGAUAAUGAUACCAAACCAGAAAAUCUGGGUCACAGGCCUCUCCUCAUGGAUUCUGAAGAUGAGGAAGAAGAGGAGAAACGUAGCUCUGAUUCUGAUUAUGAGCAGGCUAAAGCAAAGUACAGUGAUAUGAGCCCUGUCUACAGAGACAAAUCUGGCAGUGGACCAACCCAAGAUAUUAAUACAAUACUCCUCACCUCAGCCCAAUUAUCCUCUGAUGUUGGAGUGGAGACUCCUAAACAGGAGUUCGAUAUAUUUGGCGCCGUCCCCUUCUUUGCAGUGUGUGCUCAACAGUCCCAGCAAGAAAAGAAUGAAAAGAACCUCCCUCAACACAGGUUUUCUACUGCGGGACUCCAGCAGGAGGAAUUUGAUGUAUUCACAAAGGCGCCUUUUAGCAAGAAGGUGAAUGUACAAGAAUGCCAUGCGGUGGGGCCUGAGACACAUCCCAAAAGCAUAGAUAUAUUUGGCUCCACUCCAUUUCAGCCCUUCCUCACAUCAACAAGUAAAAGUGAAAGUAACGAGGACCUUUUUGGGCUUAUGCCCUUUGAGGAAAUAAUGGGGAGCCAGCAGCAAAAAGUCAAACAGCGCAGCUUACAGAAACUGUCCUCUCGCCAAAGGCGCACAAAACAGGAUAUGUCCAGAAGUAAUGGGAAGCGGCAUCAUGGUACGCCAACUAGCAAAAAGAAGACUUUGAAGCCUACCUACCGCACUCCAGAGAGGGCUCGCAGGCACAAAAAAGUGGGUCGCCGAGUCUCUCAAACCAGCAAUGAAUUUUUAACCAUCUCAGACUCCAAGGAGAACAUUGGUGCUGCAGUGACUGAUGGGAAAGAUAGGGGGAAUGUCUUACAACUCGAGGAGAGCCUGUUGGACCCCUUCGGUGCCAAGCCCUUCCAUCCUCCAGACCUGUCAUGGCACCCUCUACAUCAGGGCCUGAGUGACAUCCGUGCUGAUCACAAUACUGUCCUGCCUGAGCAGCCAAGACAAAAUUCACUACAUGGGUCAUUCCAUAGUGCAGAUGUAUUGAAAAUGGAUGAUUUUGGUGCCAUGCCCUUUACAGAACUUGUGAUGCAAAGCAUCACUCCACAGCAGUCCCAACAGUCCCAACCAGUCGAAUUAGACCCAUUUGGUGCUGCCCCAUUUCCUUCUAAACAGUAGAUACUUCUGAUGGAUUAUUGGCAUUAACUCCUGUUUCAAAAAAGUAUGAAUAGUUUUAUGAAUUUGAAAAAAAAAUUAAUGGCUGUUUAUAUCAUUCCUUCUUAAAGAUCAAUCAGAACAGGUGAUUUUUAAAUAAACCAGAUAGAAAAAUGAAGUAUCUCUACAGGGUAGUAACUUGAUGCCUCUUCCAAGCAGGAGAAAAGGGAGCUAAAUUGCCAGCUCUAACUAAGGGUUUCUGCUACUGACAUCACGACACAGAAAUGCAAGUGUGGUACUUCCAGUGAAAGCACAUGGCACCCUUCCAGGUGUGUUAACCACUCAGGAGGGACAGUAAAACUGUUAUUUUUAAUAUCAGAAUGUCAUUUUUGUGUGCAUAUCCCUAAAAUUAGGGUUAUUUGUACAUACACUAGUUACGUUUGUGAAUUUUUUUAAGGUCUCUUCUAAUUUCCAUGCAGUUAAAAACAAUCUAGUUCUCUUAAAGCAUUAGAAAGUUAUUAUCUGGAGAGUGCAGAGAUUUCACUCCAUACACCUUUCUCCACAAAGCAGAACCAGAAGUAACUGACUAUUGUGCCUAAAACUGUUUCAUUUUAAAAACAAAUGCCAUUAAUAUGGAAUAUCUAAUGAUAAGUAUAUGAAAUAAUGUGUACGUUAAUUAGCUCAAUUUAGCUAUUCCACGAUUUACAUAUUU